AUGCCCUGGAGCGUGGCAAAGGGUUACGACCACUUCACCCCCGUAGGCGGCUUCAUUGACAAGCUCAGUGUGCCGAACCCUCACAACCUGGAGCUCUACUGCCAAGUCAACGGCGUGGAGAGGCAACGUGGCAACACGAAGGAUAUGGUUUUCACCAUCCCAAGCCUCAUCUCCCACAUCAGCACUAUCUUCACCCUGGAGUGUGGCGACGUCAUCCUGACCGGAACACCGGAAGGGGUGGGGCCGAUCGAGGCUGGCGACAAGGUCGUUGCCGGUAUUCGCGACCUUCCUGAAGCCGGACUUCAGUUUGAUGUUGUGAUGGAUGACGAGUGA